AUGCCAGCCUCAGAGACGAAUAGUACGGUGUCAGAAGUGAAAGCAUUAGCAGGCAUUGUUAAUGCCACGUUGGAAUCAAGGGCAUACAUCGAAACCAAGCUAUUAUUUCCAAGCAUAAACUGGUCCUAUUUCGUGUCGGAUCAAGUUGAAGAUAAUCCUACUAUUGCCAAUUUAAAACCUACUGAAACCAUUUCCAAGAACGACAAAAACAUACUCAACGUGAUUCAUGAAUUAGUUUUAAAUAUAGAUAAGAAUCGCAAUCGUCAAAAGAUCCUCAACGAUACAAUCACCGCCAAGAACCGCCAGAUUGGUGAUUUAACUCAUCAAGUAGCAGAGUUGGAAAAGAAGUUGGCUACCAAAGAGCACAAGAGCCGCGACUCACUAAUAGACCACACUGCAUUAACGAAACAGAUUGAACAUUUUUCAAGAGCCAAUAAGUUGCAACUGAAGAAUAUCAAAACAUUAACCGCAGCAAAUAAAGAUUUACAGUCAAAAUACCGAGUUGAAUUGAAAAGAAAGAACUUGGAAAUCAGCAAUUUGAAAAACAAAUUAAUCGAAAAGAGAAGUUUGAGUUCGACAAUUGAAUAUGGAAUACCACUAACCCCUUCACUGCGGCAGUCUACAGUGGCAAUUGGUGAAAGUGGACUCGAUGGAAUUUACAACAACAACCCUAUAAUUGACAACAGUAUAAACACGGGGAUAACUUUUGAUAAUGCCGUACUCGCCAAUCUACAAAAAGUCAUCAAAGCUGACUCUUCAGAGUAUAUUAAAUCGCUAACGACGAUAGUUGAGAGUAUAACGGGGGAAAAUUAUAAACUAACGAAAUUUAUCCAUCACAUAAAGGAAUACUUGUCAAUCAUCAACCUACAAAUUGCAAACUACAAGGGUGUUGAGGUAAACUUGGGUAUCCCCAACCCAUCAGAUGCGAUUGAUUUGAAACAGAUAAAUGCAGUGGAUGAAUCGACAGUCCAAAAGUAUUAUAAUGAAAUUGAUAAUUCUGAAAUUGUUGAGUUGCCAUUGGUGAAUGAGUUCUAUAAAUUAUAUCACAAUUUGAAGCAAAUGUUGGAAUUGGUGGCCAAUAUUGGUAUCGAUCAAGAAGCGCAGAAAGUAAUUGAUAAUCUUCGACUGGAUCUCAAAGUCACAAAAGAAUGUUUACAAGAUUCGUUAGAGAUGAAUGAAAAAUGGAAAAAGAUCGCUAGGAAUAAAGAGGGUGCAUGA